UAUCAUAACAUCCUUAGACUCUAGGCUUAACUUUUGAACUCUUUUCCAUGGGUGUGCCAUUGGUUAUUUUUUCAGUUUUCCUCGGCAUUAUAGCUGCUACAAUUGCGCUUCCUAAUGAACGUCACAAGCUCUCAGAAAAGUGCACGUUCAAUGAAGACUGUGCAACAGGACUAUUUUGUAGCUCUUGCAGUGUAGAAUUUAAAGGGUCAAGAUGUGUGAGAUCAUUGACAACAAACCCAUUCAAGCUUUUGAAUACAUCUCUGCCGUUCAACAAAUAUGCAUAUCUGACGACCCACAAUUCAUUUGCAAUUAAAAGAAGACCAAUUCCUGAUCCUACUCCUGUAGUAACAUUCACAAAUCAAGAAGACACUAUAUCUCAGCAAUUAUCUAAUGGAGUUCGUGCCCUUAUGUUAGAUACUUAUGACUUCAAAGGAGAUGUAUGGUUGUGUCAUUCAUUUGGAGGGAAAUGUCAUGACUUUACUGCAUUUGAACCUGCUAUAAAUGCUUUGAAGGAAGUGGAGAAUUUCCUAUCAUCAAAUCCAUCAGAAAUUGUGACACUAAUAUUAGAAGACUAUGUUGAAGUACCAAAUGGAUUAACCAAUGUAUUCAUAGCUUCUGGAUUGAUAAAAUACUGGUUUCCUAUCUCUAAUAUGCCUAAAGAUGGCAAAGAUUGGCCUUUAGUAAAAGACAUGAUUGCUAAAAAUUAUAGGCUCAUUGUCUUUGGAUCUCAGAAGCACAAAGAAGAAAGUGAAGGCAUAGCUUAUCAGUGGAACUAUAUGGUUGAAAAUCAAUAUGGUAAGGAUGGAAUGGUUGAGGGAAAAUGUCCCAAACGUAAAGAUUCAUCUGAGCUCAAUGAUAGAAGCAAAUCUUUGGUUUUAAUAAAUCACUUUAGAACAAUUCCAAUCCAAAAAGUCACAUGUAAAGUUAAUUCAGAAGACCUCAUAAAUAUGCUUUCUACUUGUCAUGUUGUGGCUGGUAAUCGCUGGGCAAAUUUUGUUGCGGUUGAUUAUUACAAGAGAAGCGAUGGAGGAGGGUCAUUUCAAGCUGUGGAUAUGUUAAAUGGGAAACUAUUGUGUGGAUGUGAUGAUGUUCAUGCUUGUGCGCUUGGAUAUUCAUGUACAAUAAGAAGCAAAUAAGAAAAUGUGGAAGAUGCCGACAAAAAUAUGAAGGAAGCAUGAAGUAAAUAAAAAGGCCAAUAUUGGUUCUGAAUUUUAGAUCCAAAAUGAAAGAUAACUAAGCUCAAAAGUGUAUUAAAUAAUAUCUAUUAGUAGAUAAAUAUAUAUGUCUUGCUUGAAAAUAAAUAAAAAAAUGUAAUAUGGUGAUGAAAUUUUAUGUGGAUUACCAUCAGUAUCUGACAUAUACUAUCCCACUAGAGCUCAAAUGUGAAUCAGAUAAUUUUUGGAACACA